ACUGUUAGCGGGCGGCGUUCCGCCCGUUCUAGUUCCGGUCCGGUCCGUUGGGCGCCUCCCGCGGGCCCGGGGGUGCUGGCGGCGGCCGGGCCCCCUCGGCCCCGGUUCCGCUCCUCGCAGCUCGGUACUCUCAAUUUCCUUCCUUCCCGGCCAGCAUGGAGUUCGCCGAGCUGAUCAAGACCCCCCGGGCGGACAACGUCGUCCUGCACCGGCCCUUCGAGCCGGCCGUGGAGGGGACGCUGUGCCUCACCGGGCACCAUCUCAUCUUCUCCUCUCGGCGCCAGGAUAACGCGGAGGAGCUGUGGCUGCUACACUCCAAUAUCGACUCCAUUGAGAAAAGGUUUGUGGGCUCACUGGGUACCAUCGUUAUAAAAUGCAAAGAUCUGCGAAUUAUUCAGCUGGAUAUUCCUGGAAUGGAGGAGUGUCUGAACAUUGCUAGCUCUAUUGAGGCACUUUCUACCUUGGAUUCUGUCACUCUGAUGUACCCCUUCUUCUACCGGCCCAUGUUUGAAAUUGUUGAAGAUGGUUGGAGUGCUUUUCUGCCUGAGAAAGAGUUUGAAUUCCUCAAUGCCCUGACCGAUGAAUGGCGUCUAACCUAUAUCAACAAGGACUUCUCUAUCUGCCCUUCCUACCCUCCAGUGGUUACUGUCCCCAAAUCCAUCGAUGAUGAAACGCUUCAGAAAGUUGCAGUGUUUCGCCAUGGCGGUCGCUUCCCAGUCCUCAGCUAUUAUCAUAAGAAGAACGGCAUGGUCAUGAUGCGAACCAGCCAACCUCUUACAGGCACAAACGGGAAACGCUGUAAAGAUGAUGAGAAGCUUAUUAAUUCCACUCUUGGUCCUGGGAGGCGUGGGUACAUCAUUGAUACGAGGUCUCUGAGCGCUGCUCAGCAGGCCAGGGCCAAAGGAGGAGGCUUUGAAGUAGAAGUGUAUUAUCCCCAGUGGAGGAGGAUUCACAAGUCUGUUGAGAGGUUUAAUAUUCUGCAGGAAAGCCUCAUCAAACUCGUAGAAGCUUGCAAUGACCAGUCACACAACAUGGACCGUUGGCUCAGUAAACUGGAAGCUUCCAACUGGCUGACUCAUGUCAAGGAGAUACUCACUGCAGGUUGCCUGGCUGCUCAGUGUAUUGAUAGGGAAGAUGCAUCAGUGUUGGUUCAUGGGACUGAAGGAACUGAUUCAACACUCCAGAUAACUUCUCUGGCACAGAUUAUCUUGGAUCCUGACUGCAGGACCAUACGAGGCUUUGAAUCUCUUAUUGUCAGGGAGUGGCUACAGGCUGGUCACCCUUUCCAGCAGCGCUGUGCCCAAUCAGCCUACUCCAAUAGCAAGCAGAAAUGGGAGGCCCCAGUGUUUCUCCUCUUUUUGGACUGUGUAUGGCAAAUGCUUCAUCAGUUUCCUUGCUCUUUUGAAUUCAAUGAACACUUCCUUGUUACACUCUUUGAGCACGCCUAUGCUUCGCAAUUUGGGACUUUCCUGGGAAACAAUGAGAAUGAAAGGUCUAAACUGAAGCUGCCGCAGAAGACCAUGUCCCUGUGGUCCUGGGUGAACCAGCCCGAAGAGCUGAAAAAUUUCAAGAAUCCUCUUUUUGAGGCCAACAGCCUUGUCAUCUGGCCCUCUGUGGCCCCACAGAGCCUGCAGCUCUGGGAAGGUGUAUUCCUGCGAUGGAACAGGCCUUCCAAAUUCCUAGAUGAAGCCCAGGAAGAAAUGAGAAAGAUUAUAAGCGACAACAGGGUACUUCAGGAAAAGGUUAAUUACUUGAGAAGGAAGGUAGCACACAUGGAAACGAAUGAUGAGAUGCAGGAGGACCUGUGAGCUGCCCAGGGCUUUGCCUCAGGUCUUUCCUUUCCAGUUCCUUCUAGGUUAAAGAUUAAACAUGGAAAGUGCAUGUAUUGCAGAGUCCUGGUACAGUUGAUCCUCAGUCCUCCACUGCUGAAACCUUCACUUCACACAGUGUACCUCCCUGCUUUUUGGGAGAGAGUUUUGUUUUGUUUACAGAAGGUACAACUGGGCAUAGUUUUCUCUUCUGGCAGCUUUCUUGUCUCUUACUUGUGCAGUGUCAGCAAAAGCUGAAACUCUUACCUCCACCCAGCUGUAUGGAUGACCACAAUGGGCCAAGAGAUGGAAUGUUACAGAUUUAUUUUAGACUUGGAUUUUUAUUUUAUUUUAUUUUAUUUUUUUGCUGAACUCUCUCAACACUCUUUGCAAGAUUUAAAGACAAAGUUAUGUACAGGUAGGUUAAAGGCAUUCUAUCUGAGAGCACCUUUUCUCCUCAAGUAGGUAAGGCAGCUUAGUUCCUUAGUUUCCUAGAAAGGUUAUAAUCUAACUACAAGACCAACCAGUCCAAACAGUGCUUUCAGUAGCCUUCGCAUAUCACACUUGGGGGUUUUGUGGUUUGGGAGCAGUGGGUUACAGACCAGGUAAGGAAUUUCAGUGCAAUACAGAACUGAAUAGGGAUUCUGCUGCUAAUGUUUAAGCUAUGACCUUCAGGUGGAACUUGUCCAUGAGGAACAAUAACUCUGAAGGAAUAGCAAAUGUUUUUUCUUCUACCUGGAAAACAAAAAGGUUAUGUGAUUGCUGGAGGUGUAUUCACUUGCUGAGCAAAGCAGGGACUUGGAGCUGUCCUCUUUAGAGCCACACUACCCUCUUGAACUUCUGGCUGUUCCUGUACAUUCGAACAGGUUCAUGGUGCACAAGCAGCACUUAAUUUACUGCUCAGCAAAACAUUCUUACUCCAUUUUGUUUCUCUCUCAUGCUCUUCCUAUACGCUUUGUUAAACAUCCAAAGCCAAAGCUGGGAGUUGGCGUGAUCUGACAUAGCAGGUAGCUGCUGCAGAUGGGAAGGCUGUCACACUACACAAGUGUUAACAGCAGCUGCAAAUGACUUACACCAAAACUGUUCAAAGAUGCAAGAGAAGAUUUUUCUUCCAAAUAAGUUCAUUUUGUAGUUAUUUGUCUCUGUGGCUGCAAUCUGCUAUUUUAUAAGAUUCUUUUUAAGUCUCUUUCUCCUUCAGAUAAGAAUGGUGUGGCACAUUAACUCAUGUGUGUUUGUCCAGCUAGAUUUCAUUGACAGCUACCCAUAACUGAGGAGACUUGAAAUCAAGCAGUGCACGUGGCUGGGAUUACUGUAAGCUGCUCACUGUUACCCUGUUGCUGCUGAAACCAGUGCAGCUGCAUGAGGUCAAUCUUGACCUCUUUGAAAAGUGUUGAAUUUAAGUGUCUUUUUUUUUUUUUUGAUGCUUUGGAUUGAAGCUGCCUUUGCUUAAAAGCCACUUAGCAUAAGGAUAUGAAAAUAGAGGCUCGUUAGUUGUCUUGGAAGUACGUGGAGAACAGCCUUCUGUGUAACACCUAAAGAUACCUUUUUAAAAGGUGUUCCAUAAUGAAGGAGACUGUGAUAUUAAGCACUACCUUAAUGCCUUUUGCUUCAGUCCAUAUCUCCUUAACUGUCUUCUUGAGUAGCCUAAACUUCUCAUGUCCUGUGGCUUAAACCCUUCAUUGGAAUACCUAUUUCUUCCUACUCCUGUAGAGCAGACUUGUUCCCUAGAUUACAGCUGACACAGGGAACACUUGUAUUUAUCAGAGUGGCUGAUGACCUGUAGCACACAACAAGGGAGAUGCAAGCUGGCCAUGCCUUUCUUCCACUUCCAGGCUCUGGAUUUUUGUAGCUGCCUGCUUAUAUUGCAAAUGAAAGCCCCGAAUAUCACUGCUCACCCUUCAGAGCUAUGGCUGUGCUGUCUGCGGCUGCCUGGAUGUUGUACUCCCAUCCCAUUCAGAACUCCUGCUAUUGCUGUAUGUCCAAAAUACAUCAUCAUGAGUCAGACAAGAGGGAUUUGGAAGGGACUGUUUUCCCCCAUAAUAGACUGUACAUAAAACACACUUAAAGGUUAUGCAGUUUCCUAACAUAGUAAUUAUAUAUUGAGCUAUAUAAUAGAGAAGCAAAGAAGGUUGUUCUCUUUUCUUUUUUAAAGUAAUUGCUUGGCUGCUGUAGUCUCCUACAGAAACUGCAGGCAUCUGGGGAGAUGGCAUGGGUUUGCAGUCUUCAUGUGAGAAUGAUGCUGUCGCUGGGAGCCGUGACAGCAGGUUGCUCUUUUUUUUUUCCCCCCAGUUCUUCUGCAAAUAGUCCCCUUUGUGCAGUGUUACGGCACUGCUGGGUGCUGCGUGCAGUGGAGCUGACCCCAUGUAUGGACCCCUCACGUCCUCCUGGGGAAAACAAACACUUCUCAGAUGUCUCAUGGCAGGACACCUGCACUUCUUUGCACCUCUCCAUUCCAGUGCUUUCCAGACCGUGGAGCACUCCAGCUGUUUGCUUGCGUGUUUCUAUCACACUUAUUCCCUUGCUUUGAUCAGCUUGCUCCCCCCCACCCUGCAGGGCUCACCCCAUGGAGUUAACCACACACUGCUUGCAGCUCACCUACGUCUUCCCAGGCUGUGAGUGUGAUGCUGCCUUGCACAGCUGCUGGGAUGCCCGCUUCUGUUCCUUAGCAUAUACUCUUUGUGGGCCCUUCCCCCAGGCUCACUCGAUGUGGACGUGCUGCUGUUAACCAAAAAAAAAAGGGAAAAGGAAUCAAACAUGCACAGUUUUCACAAAGGGAAAUACAUACCUUCGAUAUUUUGAUUGUAUUGAUCUGGCUCUUGAAUGUGGAGACCUGUUUAAGUGCACACUGUGUACGAUGGAACUGAAAUUGCACUGUACAGCAUGUUGGCUUCUCGUUGUGCUUUGCUAAAGCCUUGGAAAGUGCUGUCGUGUACAGGUUCCUGCACAAGGGGAAACGUCUAUAGUAGCACUCCUAUCUUGUAACUGUGGCACUGAAUAGCACUGUGUGAUGUGUGCUAUCUACCCGUUAGCCCGUGCAAACUUAAGUGGUGAGUGCACUUGUGUCUCAACAUCUGGAAUCGUUAAUUGGACUUGGCUGCUGCAUCAAUCUUCAUUUGGAAACUAAAUAUCAGGGCUGGGAGCUGUGUGCUGUUGUUAGAUGUGUGCUGAACGUGUACAGAAUCCCGGCUGCUGUGGCGUUGAAUAUAUUGCAAAAAAGAAAAGGAACAAAUCUGAGGGAAAAGAAUUACUGCGGAUGAAAUGGCUCAGCCAUUGGAGGGGGAAGAAACGGACACGAAACGGCUCUAAGCUUUGCUGUAGAUACGUUGAGAAGAUAAUCGAAUUGUCUGUUCAAAUUAAAAUGUUCCAAUUAAAA